AAACAGUGCAGGCUGUGGUAAAAACCCUUUCCUCUGGUCUUGGCUUCAGAGUUAAAAGUGGUGCUUCACCUUUUUAACACAGCGUGAAACAGAGCUCUCGUGUUCACUGUUGUUUGCAGUCCUGGUGAAACAUUCAAAGAGAAAGUCAUCUGAAAUCAUGCAUGCAUUUACCGUUUUUUGUCCUGUGUUGCUGAUAUGGUCGUGUCACAUAAAGAAAAGUUGGUCCAAUGAGACUACUGAAUACCAAUCCACAACAGAAUAUGAGUAUACCAGUGAUUCGAUGGAUUACAGUGAACAUGAAUUCCUUUGCGAAAAAAGCUUCAACCGUACCUUCCGCACCUGGUUCCUGCCCACCAUCUACACCAUCAUCUGCCUCCUGGCUCUUGUGGGGAACGUUCUGGUCAUCCUGACCUUCCUUUACUUCAAGAGGCUGAAGACGAUGACUGACGUCUACCUGCUCAACCUAGCCAUGGCUGACCUGCUGUUUGCAAUUUCGCUCCCCUUCUGGGCAGCUAGUUUCAUGAGCAAGUGGCAUUUGGGUCUGUAUCCAUGCAAGGCCAUGUUCACCAUCUACAAGGUCAGCUUCUUCAGCGGCAUGUUCCUUCUCACCUGUAUCAGCGUAGAUCGCUACUACUCCAUAACCAAGGCCGUCUCUGCUCAUCGCUGUCGCUCCAGUGCGGUCUAUUAUGGACAGGUGUCUUCUCUGGUUACAUGGGUGAUGGCGGUGAUCUUUUCGGUACCUGACAUGGUGUUCUCUGAAGUCAAUGUCAAUGGCACCUGUGUAGAAAAUGGCAGCAACUAUGAGGACUACCGCAUUAGGAUGCUGGUAAGUCAGAUGGUCCUGGGUUUUAUACUUCCAGCGAUCGUCAUUGGAUUCUGUUACAUCUGUAUCAUCAAGACCCUAGUCCAAGCCAAGAACUUUGAGAGGAAUAAAGCCUUCAAGGUUAUCAUUGCAGUGGUAGCUGUCUUUGUGUUCAGCCAACUACCCUACAAUGUAGUCAUGGGAGUGACCACUCAGGAAACAACGGACUGCGGCAAGGACAACAGUCGUCUUUAUGCCAUGGAUGUGACCAGGGCCGUGGCCUUUUUGCGCUGCUGUGUGAACCCAUUCCUGUACGCCUUCAUUGGGGUGAAGUUUCGCAAUGAUCUCCUGAAGCUGUUGAAAGACUUGGGAUGUCUCAAAAAGAGCCACCUCAUGUACACCCACUGCGGUAAACGAAGAUCUUCUGUCGGCCUGGACACCGAAACCACCACAACGUUUUCGCCCUGAAUGCUCUUAUAUGCUUGAGAACAGAUUCCAAAACAAAAGAAAGGUUUUGCCAGUUUCAGUUAUAGUGGUAAAUUGCUUCA